GAAGAAGAAGAGAAUAUCAAAUCAUUACAUCAACCAACCAAAGUGAAUAAGGGUAAAUGUUGCAUCAUGUGCUAAUGUAUCAUACAUGAUAAGUUCGCACAAAAAAGAAAAUAACACUAGAGUAAAUGAAUGACUGGUCUUAUUGAGUCAAAUAAUUUCCUUCAUGCCAAAGAAACCACAAUUUUCAAUUCCACCCAUCUUCACAACAACUCAACCAACCAACUCAAAAUGUCGUACACCACCCUUUACCACUCUUAUUCAAAACCCCAAAACCUCUUCAACUUCCUUAAACUCCACAUUCUUAAACCACCUUAAAAACCAAAGACUAGAUUCUGCCCGUACAGUCUUCAACAAAAUCCCUUCCCCUCAUGUCUCUCUCUACACCAGAAUGCUCCUCGCUUAUGCUCACAAUCACAAUCUCCCACAAGCAAUCAAUCUCUUCAACCAAAUCCCGUCAAACACCAAAGACACAAUCUCAUGGAACUCCAUUAUCAAAGCGUCAGUCCUCUGUGGUGAUUUCAUCACUGCCGUUAAACUGUUCGAUGAAAUGCCGCACAGAAACUCAAUCUCAUGGACAACAAUAAUCCACGGCUUUUUAUCCGUUGGAAGAGUUGUUGAUGCUGAAACAUUCUUCCGUGCAAUGCCAAGUGCUGACAAAGACGUUGCCACGUGGAAUGCUAUGAUUAAUGGUUAUUGUAAUAACGGUAGAGUUAACGAUGCUCUCCGGUUGUUCAGUCAAAUGCCUUCCCGUGAUGUUAUUUCCUGGACUUCAAUGAUUGCUGGGUUGGAUCGUAAUGGAAAGAGUUAUCAAGCGCUGGUUUUAUUACAGAACAUGGUGGGCUGUUCUGGUGUUGAAAUCUCUUCGACUACUUUGGUGUGUGGGUUGACGGCUGCUGCUAAAAUUUUGGAUUUUAACACGGGUAUUCAGAUUCAUUGUCGUAUGUUCAAGUUUGGUUAUUGUCAUGGUUUUGAUGAGUUUGUAUCGGCUUCGCUUGUUACUUUUUACGCAUGUUGUAAGAGAGUGGGUGAUGCUUGUAAGGUAUUUCGUGAGAUUGUUUGUAAGAAUGUGGUGGUUUGGACUGCUCUUUUGACUGGGUAUUGUUUGAAUGAGAAGCAUGUUGAGGCAUUGGAGGUUUUUGGUGACAUGAUGAGAUUUUGUGUGGUGCCUAAUGAGUCUUCGUUUACUAGUGCUUUGAAUUCGUGUGUUGGGUUGGAGGAUCUUGAGAAGGGGAGAGUGAUUCAUGCUGUGGCAGUUAAGAUGGGUUUGGAACAUGGGGUCUAUGUGGGGAAUUCUCUUGUUGUUAUGUAUAGUAAAUGUGGUUAUAUCGGUGAUGCAUUGUGUGUGUUCAAUGGGAUUGGUGAGAAAAAUGUUGUGUCUUGGAAUUCUGUGAUUGUUGGUUGUGCUCAGCAUGGAUGUGGAAUAUGGUCUUUGGCACUUUUUAAACAAAUGUUGAUGAAAGGUGUUGAGUCUGAUGAGAUCACAUUGACUGGUUUGCUUUCUGCUUGUAGCAGGUCCGGGAUGUUACAGAAGGCGAGGUGUAUUUUUGGGUACUUCGGUCGGAAAAGAUCGAUGAAGCUGACGAUUGAGCACUAUGCUUGUAUGAUAGAUGUGCUUGGUCGGUAUGGAGAGGUAGAGGAAGCAGAAGCGCUGGCGAUGAGCAUGCCGUUGGAAGCAAACUCUAUGGUAUGGCUUGUUUUGCUGAGUGCCUGCAGGAUGCAUUCUAAUUUGGGUGUUGCAGAAAGAGCUGCAAAACGGAUAUUUGAAAUGGAGCCUGAUUGUAGUGCUGCCUAUGUGUUGCUAUCAAACUUGUAUGCAUCUUCGAGAAGAUGGUCGGAAGUGGCAAGAAUUAGGAGGAAAAUGAAGCAUAAUGGAGUUGUAAAACAACCCGGUUCAAGUUGGAUAACCUUAAAAGGACUAAGGCAUGAAUUUCUGUCUGCAGAUAGGUCCCAUCCACUUACUGAGAAAAUCUAUGAGAAGCUAGAGUGGUUAGGAGUAAAAUUAAAAGAACUGGGUUAUGUUCCUGAUCAACAAUUUGCCUUGCAUGAUGUUGAAAUUGAGCAAACCGAAGAAAUGCUGUCUUACCAUAGUGAAAGGCUUGCAAUUGUAUUUGGGUUGCUUAGCACUGUGAAAGGAAGUACAAUAACCAUAAUGAAAAAUCUACGUGUAUGUGGGGAUUGUCAUAAUGCAAUAAAGCUUAUGGCAAAGGUUGUUGACAGGGAGAUCGUGGUCAGGGAUUCUAGCCGCUUUCAUCACUUUAAGAAUGGCACAUGUUCUUGUGGGGAUUAUUGGUAGAACAUUUUGCUUAUUCAUUAAUUUGUUCGUUAGACAGUCUGCGAGAGCUUACACUGAAAUUACUGAGGAAGGAAAAUGAUUUGAAUAUGAGUGAAAAUUUUAUACACUGCAGAUCCUUGAUAAAGAAGAAAAAGUGAAAAGUUUGGUAUGACAAUGACACAUUUCAUUGUCAUUAUAAUCUGUUAAACUAAGAUAAAACUCUUAAUAAUGGAAGGAGCAAACGGAACAUUCUGCGAGGAGUAGAUGGUUCAAGACGAGAAGCGUGUACAAGAGUCGUCAUCACCAAUAAGAAUAGAAUCUGUUAGUUUUCCGUGAUAUGAAGCACAAGAAAUCAUGUUUCAUAUAUAGCAAGAUCUAUGAGAGAAUGUGCAGCUAUCUGGCUACUCAAAACAAUUGGAGGAUUUAGAAUGUUGAACAUGAACUGCAUUAAAUGGCAUUCUUAUACAUUUUUCAAACUGGUAAUUUGAAACGGAGCUGGAUCCUCUAACUUUUUUGCGGGAACUGCACCUGACUUUCCCUCUCUCUCUCUCUAACAUUACAAUCUAUCUCAUUUGGUUUUCCCUCCCUUUAUUCAUCUUUUUUCACCUCUCUCUUAAGAAAAAUGCCUAAAGUUAGAGAAAGUUAGUGAACACAAAGUUAGAGGAUCCAUUUCCAUUUGAAACGGGUUCUGUUUCUUUCGGUAUCAAGUGUAGCACAGAGAUUUUAUUAUGCAAUCAGAAGCAUUAAUUACAUUAAAAACAUGAUAGAAUAAAUAUACAACUUACACAAUAUUCUUAUACUAGUGUUAUUUAAAUAUCAAGACAUCUCUUUUAUUUUAUUUUUUUAGCAUUAAAGAGACCUAAACUCAGCAAAAAAAAACUACCAAUACACCAUCUUAGGGGUAGUUACACCUUUGACAUCAUCCUUUAAUAUUCUCGAAAUAACAUUCGGUGUCGCGUAAAAAAUAAUC